AUGUACUUCAUCGUGCUCAGAGGUCUGGUCAAGCUUGGGCCCUGGCCCGCGACCUAUUGGAACGUCCCGAUGAGAAGCCUGGACGUUUACGAAGGAAUCAGGGCUUCAACCGGCGACGCCAUUACCCUGAUGCAAUCAUGCAUCUCGCUCAUCGAAAAGUUUGCGGAGUUCUUUGAGCGGGACAUGCCAAGCCUUCCCAAUGCCCUCAACCUUCUCUUUUCCGCUCUAGAUGACCCGUUGCUGGUAGGUCCAGCCCUUGGCAAGGGCAUGCAGGCACCCGUAGAAUUGGCUAUUGACGUCGACCGAGAGGCCGUAAGCCCAGUUUCCGAACUUGAGGCCCUCGGCUCCGUUCAUUCUCGGAUCAUGGGGAUGAUCGUGGAGCUACAAAACACCUUCCCGUAUAGCGGGGAAGUGCGCUUCCAACUAUCUCAACAUUCUAUCGAUUUCUAUUGCCGAGUCUUCGCCAAAGACCCUGGGGUGAUCCUCCAGCUUGGAGAUCAGGGUAGGAUCCGUGACAUCUUCUCCUUCACGCUUAAGGUCUUGGAUAGCCAGGAACCGUUACCCAAGGCGGCUGCGGCAGAGUUCUGGGCAGUAUUUGUCUCCCACAGGGCAACCCGUUCGCAGUACCAAGACCUGAUUCAGCAGAUCAUGCAUGAGCUAGGACCUCUGCUCAUGCUAUCAUUAAUGAGAAACAUUGGAGGUAAUGCUUUGCGUAGCGAGCUCGAUAAGCUCAGCGAACCGCUCAAAAGACUCGUGUCUCUUUACCCAAUGUCACAAACUUGGAUGCGAGGGGCUUUGUUCCACCCGCACUUCCCUAGCCUAAAUGUGUCUGACGAAGCCAAACUUACUUUCAUGAGAAAAGUCAUUAGCAAGGAUCCGGAUAUACCGGUCGCGAAUACCACCCAGGCCGCUGGCGAUCGAUUCGGAAACACGCUCUUUGAGGCCUCUGAGAUCUAA